UUGGUCAGUUUUGGUUUUUUGGCUACACAAACCCGUCGACUUCGAAAUUCCAAAUUUGACCCCGGUUUCGUUGACUCGGUGAUCCUUCUAUCGAUGAUCAUGUUGGUGGCCACCUUACAGCCAGAAUAUGUGCCUGUUGGUAUUACGCCACUCUUGAACUGGACAGAGCCAUCAAGUCUAAAGCACUGUGAUGAGGAUUAUCUGAUCGUUGUCCUGGCAUUGUCCAUGUGCACCCAGUUCUUACUGAUGACCUAUGUGGGUUUCGCAAUCAUGCAACCGUGUUCCAUGCGAAGGAAGCAGUUGAUUCAGAGCCAGCAAAGGACUUUCGCUAACUUCAUUUUCCGAAGGCUACUCUUCCAGUUGGACGAGGCAUUACACCCUUCGUUGGGGGCGGAGCGAUUGGACUGCUGCUUGAGGUCUAGUGAAAAGGUUAUCCAGGCCAUUCAACUGUUCCGCCGAGAUGCUCUCAAGGUCCUUCAGCCAGUACAUAAUCUCUCAUCCGCACUGGCCAGCGAUUUCUACUAUGUGCUGGACGAGGAAGAGGAUGAACUGGAUUCCAACGGCUAUGGGUGCUCCCACUCAAAGGUCGAGGUCACCGAGGAGCUAUUGGUGUGCCUGCUAUAUCCGGAACGAAAAGUGUCCGGGAAGAAGUAAUGCGUCGGACUGGGGAACCUAACUUUUUGGCUCAAAUUGGUUUGUAUUUUUGUAUACCCCCUCCGCAAAGUGCACUAAAUUCAUUAACUAAGUAAAUGAUUAUUCGGAUGCAACUUUUUAGAUAAUUUUCAAUACUUAAUAAAGAAAAAACGUCACUGUCCAUGAA